AAAUAAUCAUUCUUCGAGGAUUAGCAUAUGACUUUUGAAGCUGUCUUCGUCGACGAACAUCACAAAUUUAUGUUGCGAAGCAUCUAACAUCAAUAAAAAGAGUUGUUAUUCAGGGCCAGUUCCUUUGAAUUCUCGGGAAGCAAAAAAGCGAUCAUUCCAAUACUUCCAUCCCAUCAUGACAACAUUGAUGGAUCCAGAUGAGAUAUAUUCCGAUUGCCAAGGUUCAGGAAAUGGAGAUGAAGAUGAAGAUGCCAAAUGGAAAUGUAUCAUCAGCAAACUGGUAAAGAGAGACCAAAAAGAUGAGAACUAUACCAGCCGAAUCUUCUUGGUGUACAGCGCCGCUCUGGUGUUCUUCAUGCAAGCGGGAUUCGCCAUGAUUUGCGCGGGCUGUGUCCGAAAGAAAAAUGUAGGAAAUAGCAUGCUGAAGAAUCUGCUGGACGUGGUGAGUUCACGAAAUAAAUCGUCGGUUUGCGUUUAGAUGUACGAUGGCACUCGUACAUGCUUCUGGCAGAAAAAUAUCUCUCUCCUAACUUUGCUUUCGGUUCAAAAUCUAGUGCGGCGCUGCGAUUGCAUACUAUUCCUUCGGGUACGCAUUUGCUUUCGGAGACGGGAGCAAUCCUAAUGUGUUCAUUGGGACCACUAAUUUUUUCCUCAUAGACGUCGACGAUUACGCCUUUUGGAUGUUCGAAUAUGCCUUUUCUGCAGCGUCGGCCACCAUAGUUGCCGGAACGCUUGCCGAACGGUGCCAAAUGACCGCCUAUCUUUGCUACUCGUUGCUCCUAGCGGGUUUUGUUUAUCCAGUUGUCUCCCAUGCGAUUUGGAGCCCACACGGAUUCUUGACAUCGAACAAGGCAAAAGAAAAUAAAUUAUUCGGCAGUGGUGUCGUAGAUUUCGCCGGAGGUGGUGUCGUCCAUCUAGUAGGAGGAUGUACUGCACUCUUUGCAACCAUGAUACUGGGACCUCGGCGGGGACGCUUCCACGAUGAUGAAGGGCGAAAGCUAGACAAACCAAACAAAUUUCCUGGACAUUCCAUAGCGCUGCAGGUAUGAACCAUGGCGUUGCGUGCCAUAUUUGUUGGCUCUAAAGUGCGACGGGGAAUUCUGACACAGUCUUUUUAAAUUACAUCUCUACAAUUCGUCAUGAAACGACAACGCAUCGCAAUAACCUUUUUCUUUAAAUUAAUGGUUGUGCAGAUGCUUGGUACAUUUGUAUUAUGGUUUGGAUGGUAUGGAUUCAAUUCGGGAAGUGCUCUUAUUUCAACCUCCGUCAACCAUGGACAAUUGGUAUCUCUUUCGGGAGUCAAUACAACUCUUUCCGGUGGAAUGAGUGGAUUGGUGGCUUUGUUCACCAACCUAUUUAUUCUCGAGCGAAGGUUGGGUGAGCCAAUUUUCGAUUUGAGAAUGGCAAUGAAUGGAAGUUUAAGUGGAUUGGUUGCUAUAACGGCAGGAUGUGGGGUUGGUGAGUUGUUGCAUUACGAUUGAACGUGUUCUUUCUGUUGGAAGGGGAGCUCAUUACAAAGUAAUUGAAUAUAUUUUCCUAAUUCAUCUAUUUUUUCUCGAAUCAGUCGAACCGUGGGCUGCUGUAUUCAUCGGGAGCGUUUCGGGUCUGCUAUACAUUGCUGGCAGUAGCCUGUUAGAGAGACUUCGACUAGACGAUGCAGUUGACGCAAUCCCCGUCCACAUGAUUAAUGGCAUGUGGGGCCUUGUUGCCGUUGGACUUGUCGCAUCCCCUAGAUACUUAAAUAUGGCGUACGGGACAACAAUAGAACAUGUAGGGUGGUUUUAUUCCUUGGCAAGAGGUAACGGAGAUGCUCGGUUGCUAGCAGCUCAGAUAGUUGGCAUUCUCUUCAUUCUAUCAUGGUGCUUGUUGAUCAUGAUGCCAUUCUUUGUGUGGUUGGACUGGAAAGGAUGGUUUCGAUCGGAUCCGCUGGAAGAAAUUGUUGGGCUAGAUACAUCGUACCACGGCGGUUUGAUUUUGGCGAGUGGUGACGAUUCUGUGAACCCUGAAUACAUUUCCCAAUUUAAGAAACAGAGGAACGAACUGAGGCAUCGGCGGGGUGUAAAGGGAAUUCCUUCCGACGACGAAUCACUAGAUGGCUACAACUCAACGACGGUUGCAACCUCAACAAAAUGAAAUCUACAUCUAUACACUUUGAAUAAAAAUAUUGAUUCUGC